UCUCGUUCAGGAAGGCUGUUUUUUGUCCUGCUGCGACUCGAAGGUAAAGUUUCCUGUUGUUGGAUAAUGACCAGAGGAUGUGGCUGAAGAUCACCGACCUGUUUUAAGGUGGUUUGACCUGAAAUAACGGAAGGGAUCAGGACACAUGUUUUCUUGGAUGUUUCCCGUCAGUGAAUAUUUUUUUCUCUCUGAUCGUGAUCCUACUGACUGUGGCUGGUUUGGUUCUGGCUGGACGUCGCAAACAUGGACGCCUCUGAUCAGAUGAACGAACCUAUCAAUCAAAACGAUGGUCUGGCUGCUGAGGCCUGCACACAGAAAGGCACCUCACCUGCAGACAUGCUGAGGAUCAAACAACAGAUGUCUAACCACUGCUUUGAGAUGAGUGUGCAGCUCAAUGCAGGGAAAAGUAAGCGGUCCUGCAGCGCAUCUGAAGCAGAAAGAGGGUUGCCAAACUACAUAUCUGAGCUUGAACGUGUGAAGAUGGUCCAUUUUAACAGCACCCUGGCAUUGCACAGGAUGCAGAUGUGGCACGCCAUUGGUGAAAAACUUAAGCAAACAGAUCCAGAUGCAGCUGCCCUGAUGGCUGUGGGGGAUCGCUGUAUGGUUCUGUGCUCCAAGAUAAAAGAACUUCAGAAUGAAAACCGGAAUCUGCAAGAAAAAAUUACAGAAAUACAGAAGAAGAGACUGGAAUUGAAGCGACUCACAGAUGAAAAAAUGAAAGAAGUGGAGGAAUUAAUGUCCAACAAAGAGCAUCCAGACUCAGAAAAGUACAAAACCUUGCUGGAGAAAGGUCAAGCAACCCUGGAGAAAUAUAAAAAGAUGACCACAAUGACACAGAAUGUCCUAAGGGGCAUCCUGUUAGCAUGUAAAGUCAACUGGCUGGAUGAUCCAAAACUUCGGGAAACUGCCCUAACCCUGGAGGAUUUCCCCAUCUCUGAUUAGAGCAUGAAAUAUUAAUCUAAGCUAAAUAUUUUUGUUUUUUUCUGUUAAAUAAAAAAUGCACUUCU